CCCCGCCUGUUUACUCAGCUGACCCAGAGCGGGCUGUCAGCUCGGUCGCUAUAAAGAGACGAGACGUUUGCUCAGGACAGUUUGCUGGAAGUGCAUUUGAAGCUCCCCUUUUAAUGGUGCAGAUUACCAUUACUUUGUGAAAAAUAGUAAAAUAGUAUCCUCUGGAGGAAAGCAGUCUCUGAUGGGAUUAUAACACUGACCGAUGGACACACAGAAAGAAAGCUCAGCAGAUACAGAAAGAGCCACAGAAAGAGGCAUCGUACAUGUAUGGCAAGCCGGUUCAGUCCCUGUGAAUCCAGAGAAACUUUCAGGCUUAGGAGGAAGAACUGUUCUCCAUGCCAGUCUUGGGAUAGGUCAUGGGGUACUCCUGACCAGUGGUGGAGAGGUGUUUAGUUUUGGAAAACAGCCAUGGAAAGAGAACUUACAACAGACCACAUGCAAAGUUCCAGAACUGGAAAAGGCUCUGCAGGGACAACAUGUUAUCAAUGUGGCUGCAGGAAGCUUCCACAGCGGAGCAGUAACAGGCAGCGGAAUGGUAUACAUGUGGGGCGAAAAUACAGCAGGACAGUGUGCUGUGACAAAUUGCCCCUCCAUACCAGAGCCAACAGCCAUCACCAUAACCGAUCAGGACACAACACCUCCUAGGUGGGUAAGGAUUAUGCAGCUGUCUUGUGGAGAAGAACACACACUUGCACUGUCCAACACAAGGGAGAUCUGGGCAUGGGGCACUGGUUGCCAGCUUGGACUUAUAACCUCUGCCUUCCCAGUGACAAAGCCACAGAGAGUGGAGCAUCUUGCAGGCAGAGUUGUGCUCCAGGUAGUUUGUGGGGCAUUUCACAGUUUGGCUCUUGUUCAAUGCCCUGUUGCUCAAGAACCAAAGCCAGUACCAGAAAGGUGCAACCACUGCAGGGAACUACUAAUUACCAUGACUGAGAAGGAAGACCAUGUUAUAAUUUCUGAUGCUCACUGCUGUCCACUUGGUGUCAUGUUGGCAGAAUCACAGCCUGAACCCCAGGCUAUUCAACCUAUCUUGAAUUCUGGGGAGAAAAAUCCAACAAAAGGACACAAUCCAUGCUCUUCAGAAACCCAAGAGGAGCAUGAAAGAGUUUUUUCCGAAUUGCAUUCGUCUUCUGAAACAGAACUGGGCACUGAUGCUGUCAGCAUUUGCGAAAGUGGGGUUUGUUUGAAUAAUGAUGUUCCUAGAACUCCUCUCAAUUCUGGCAUGGAUGAACAUGAAACUAAGUCUACACUAAGCAAUGGCUCCUUUGUACCAAAUAUUACACAGGAACCAGUAAAGAAACCAGAAGAGUUAAGAAAUUGUCACUUGAAUCCUGCCACCACUACUACAGCAUCUUCUCUGAACAGCUUGGUUGUGUCCUGUGCUUCUGCUGUUAGUGUCAAAGUAGCUGCUACUUGUGAGGCUGGAGCUCUUUCACUGAAGAAGGUCAUGCAUUUUUAUUCUGGAUCUCUUGGUGAAUCAGGAACUCAGCCUGCUAUGGGCUCCUCUGUUCACGAUGGGCUACGAGAUAGUAGAGAAGAACAAGUAAAGUUAGAAUCUAUGCAGGGCAAGAAGAGCUCCAGCCUUGUGGAUAUAAGAGAGGAAGAAGCAGAAGCAGGCAACAGAAGACUUUCCCUUCCAGGCCUGCUCUCCCAGGUAUCUCCCAGGCUCCUGAGAAAGGUAGGAAGAGCAAAGAUGAGAACUGUCGCUCUAACACCAACCAGCAGUGGCGAGGCUGAUUUGCUUUUGCCAUCGUUAAAAACGGAGGUAUGGAGCUGGGGAAGAGGCAAAGAAGGACAACUGGGUCAUGGAGAUGUCCUACCUAGGUUGCAGCCUCUAUGUGUGCGCAGUAUGGAUGGUAAAGAAGUGGUUAAGUUGGCAGCUGGUAGCCACCAUUCACUAGCUCUUACUGCCAAAUCCCAGGUUUAUUCUUGGGGUAGCAAUGUUUCAGGCCAGCUGGGUCCCAUGCAGUCUCCAACAACCAUGCCUCGCCUCACCAAGGUGUGUAAAGAUGAUGGAGUGUGGAAUAUAGCUGCGGGUCAAGAACACUCACUUUUCCUUGUGCAUAGGAAAGAGGACUUCCAGCCUGCUGUGUAUUAUAGUGGACCUCACACAGCUGAUGAUCCCUCUGGGCCUAAUGUAAGCCCGAGCCUAGGACUUCUGACAGAAUGUAGUAAGCUGGGAUAUGUCUGCAGCAUUUCCACUGGGACAGGCAGCUGUUUAGCACUGGUAGACCAGAACUUAAUGGGAUAUAUUGGAAACCUGCACGAGCUGGCAGCUACAGAGCGGCACUUCUACUGCAAUCUGAGUGAUGUUAAGUCUCAGUUACUCCGACCUCUCUUGGGACUGGACAAUCUGGGCUCUAUGAGCACUCUGCAACUGUUACAGGAUGUUGCUACAAAGUUCAGCAAGCUGUGCUAUCUAAUCGGUCAGCAUGGGGCUUCUCUCAGUAACUUCCUUUGUGGAGUCAAGGAUGCUCGCAGCCUCUCCAUUCUAGAGCAUUCAAAUCUGUUCCUGGACUGUUAUACAGAGUAUUUUACCUCUCUCUCCAAUUUCAUAGUUAUGGGAGGAUUUUCUCUUCUUUCUAAACCAGCUAUGGACUUCCUCGGCAAGAACCAUGAACUAUUGCAGAGUUUCUGUGAAAUGAAAGGGGAAAACAUCCCAUUGCUGGAGACACUCAACUCAAUAUUCUUCUCCCCGCUGAGCAGACUGCAUGAGUAUGCCCGACUGCUACUCAAACUGGGCAUGUGCUUUGAAGUGUCUUCCAUAGAAUACAAAAAGCUGCAGGACUGCAGUUCUAACUACGAGUCCCUGGCAGUAAUCCUGAGCCGGAAGAAGAAGGAGGCAGAAUGCACUCUGAGCUUCUGGAAGACCUUUCCUGGAAAAAUGACGGAUUCCCUGCGUAAGCCGGAUAGGCGUCUGAUCUGUGAGAGCAGCAACCGAGGCCUCACUUUGCAAAAUGCCAGUCGGUUCUCUGUCAACUGGUUCAUCCUUUUUAAUGACGCACUUGUUCAUGCCCAGUUCUCUACACACCAUAUUUUCCCCCUCUCUACAGUCUGGGUGGAACCUCUUUCAGAAGAAGUCAUUGGCUUCAAUGGCUUGAAGAUCACAACCCCAGAAGAACAGUUAACUCUUACUGCAUCAACUUCCCAAGAAAAGAACAAGUGGCUUCGAGCAAUUAGCCAGGCAGUGGACCAGGCACUGAAAUGCGUGACAGAACAGCUUCCUCCUAUUCACAGACAGGAGCCCCCAAUGUCACGGAGUGCAAAGUACAAAUUUUAUAAGGACCCACGACUGAGGGAUGCUACUUAUGAAGGUCGAUGGCUAUCAGGGAAGCCGCAUGGCAAAGGGGUACUGAGCUGGCCAGAUGGAAGAAUAUAUACGGGUAAUUUUCGGAAUGGCCUGGAGGAUGGGUAUGGAGAGUAUAUAAUCCCCAACAAAACUUUCAAAAACAACGAUCGUUAUGUGGGACAGUGGAAGGAAGGCAAAAUGUGCGGCCAUGGCACCUACUGGUAUGCUAACGGAGAGGUGUAUGAAGGCUCCUUCCUAGACAACAUGCGGCACGGGCACGGGCUCCUACGAAGAGGCAAACUGACCUCCUUUUCACCCAGUAUGUUCAUUGGUCAGUGGGUGAUGGAUAAGAAGACAGGUUAUGGAGUAUUUGAUGAUAUAACCAGGGGUGAGAAGUUCAUGGGGAUGUGGCAAGAUGACCUUCGUCAGGGUAGUGGAUUGGUAGUAACCCAGUUUGGCCUAUACUAUGAAGGAGCUUUCAACCUCAACAAAAUGAUGGGAACUGGUGUUUUGCUUUCUGAAGAUGACACUGUUUAUGAAGGCGAAUUCUCUGAUGACUGGACAUUAAAUGGGAAGGGGAUGCUGACUAUGUCAAACGGAGACUGUAUUGAAGGUGUUUUCAUUGGCGAGUGGGGAUCUGGAAUCAAAGUCAGUGGCACCUACUUGAAGCCAACUGUAUAUGAUGGAGAAAAGGAGGGAGCUAAAACCUUGAAGCUAGGGCGUCUUUCUGUACCAGCGGAUGAGAAGUGGAAAGCCAUUUUUGAGGAGUGUUGGAGGCAGCUUGGAUGUGAUACUCCAGAGCAAGGGGAUGUUCAGAAGGCCUGGGAUAACAUAGCUGUGGCACUUACAACAAACAGAAGACAAAAACAGGACAGCCCAGAGCCACUGAGCCGCUCACACACACAGACACUGGAGAGUUUGGAGCUGAUACCACAACUUGUAGGCCCCUUCACCAUGGAGAAAUAUGAGAAGAUCAAGAUGUAUCUCAUAAACGCCUGUGAAACACCAAUGCAUCAACUAGGGAGGCUUGUGGAGACCCUGGUUGCAGUGUAUAGAAUGACCUAUGUCGGCGUUGGAGCAAACAGAAGGCUUUUACAGGAGGCAGUGGGAGAGAUCAAGUCUUAUCUGAAACGUAUCUUCCAGCUGGUGAGGUUUCUGUUUCCUGACCUUCCCGAGGAGGGCAGUUUGAUCCAUCCUUCUGUGCCUACUAAGGAAUCACCAGACAAGUGUCAUAUUUACAAUGGGAAAACGGACUCUGCACCGGAGUCUCCGGAACCAGGGUAUGUUGUUACCAGCCCUGGACUAUUGCUGCCAGUCCUGUUACCUAGAAUGUACCCUCCCCUGUUCAUGCUGUAUGCCCUGGAGCAUGAGAAGGAAGAAGAUGCAUACUGGGAGUGCAUUCUGCGUUUGAACAAGCAGCCUGACACUGCACUUCUCUCCUUCUUAGGGGUGCAAGACAAAUUUUGGCCAACAACCAAUAGUUUCCUUGGUAAAAGUCAUAAGGUAUUGUCAAGCACAAAAGAUUCCUGCUUUGCCUCAGCAGUGGAGUGUCUCCAGCAGAUUAGCACAACAUUCACCCCAUCAGACAAACUAAAAGUUAUCCAGCAAACAUUUGAAGAAAUAACACAGGAAGUUCAAGGAGCACUGAAAGAAGAAUAUCUUUGGUCCAUGGACGACCUGUUCCCUGUGUUUCUUUAUGUUGUACUUCGAGCCAGAAUACGGAAUCUGGGUUCUGAAGUACAUUUGAUUGAAGACCUGAUGGAUCCAUACCUGCAACAUGGAGAAUUGGGGAUUAUGUUUACUACUCUGAAGGCUUGCUAUUACCAAAUCCAGCAUGAAAAAAUCCACUAAAUUCUUCACCAAACAUAGCAAAUACAAAAGAAAUGCUCCUGUCUGGAUGUGCUCUCUGCAGCAGAAUCUUGGACCAUAAUUCAGUGGCAUCAAGGCUGUUCAUAUAUGUCCAAGUUCUCAACGCUGUGCAAAUCAGUGUUUGAGGACAGGCUCUGUAAACUUGGAUUCUACUGGGGAAUUGUUUUUAGAGCUGACUUUGUAAAGUAUUUUUUUAAUAUUUUAACGGAAAGUGAAGUUUAUUUUGAACAGCGGCACUGGAUGCAGCUUCCUUUUAAUACAGUUGGUAUAAUGUGGUACCGUACCAAAGCAAACAAAUUAUCUAGAAGACUCUAACCUGCCGGAACAAUGGCAUCUGGUCUGUGUUGGCUUAUUGUGUCCAUUGCUGCAGGCCUAAAUAUAUAUAAAAGUAAAAAAAAGGUUUAAAGCAUCAACAACCUGACCCUUGGUUUUGGGUUAAAUGACAGUAAAACAGUUUAAGAAAACUUAAUUCUUCAGUGAAUUUCUAUCAUCCUUACAGUGUUACAGAUGGAAUGCAGAAGCACACAUAUUUCUUACCAAUGCAGGAUGGUAUAGCUUAGCUAAAAUAUAUUUGUAGACGUACAUUAAAUCUAAGUCUACAUUUUCAAAGCAGUUUGCCAUAUUUACCUUAGUGAUGGGAGAGUGCAGCAAUCUUAUUGAUAUUUUUCAUUUGCAUUGGUGUAAAUUCUGUUUCAUGACAUAAAAUGAAUGUCAUUGCUGGUGAACGUCAGACCUCAAGCCAGAACUUUUGUCUGGCAUUCAAGCUGCUUUUGGACAACAGAUCCCAUAAUCCAUAAUUUAAAUCGUACAACCAAAAGAGUUGUACUAGAAAGUUUGAUUGUUCUUGUCUUUAACUCCUUACUGGAUUUGGAAGAAUACAUUACUUGUGAAAUACUGAGGCAAAAUAUGGGCAAAAAAUAAUAAAAAAAAUAAUAAUUGAA